AUGCCCGAACAACCCGCUUCCGCCCUCAAUUCUAUGAGUCAACUGGCUGCUGCUCUGCCACCCUCUACCACUACGCCAUCAUCAGGAACCGGCAGCUUGGAGUCCUACCGUAUUCCUCCUCAGCACAGUCACUCCUACAGUACCAUUUCGCAAAGCAAGAGCCGGCGCUCCCUCGCCUCGCUCGCAAGAGAACGAACUUCAACUGCUUGGGCUAGUAUAGCCGGCUUGGGCUCGACGCCCACUCCUUCCCUGCGAUCCGCCACCUCGACCGGUAGCCUCUCGAACCAGGCCAACUCGAGCGCCUCUUCCCGUCCUAGUUUCUCCCGUCUGCCCUCCUCUCCGUCCGACCUACCGUCUACAAAUCUGGCGCAGCGGCGAAGUCAACUCCCAAGCCCCGUUCCAGAAAACGGAUUCACAUCCAUGUCAACCAACGAUCGUAGUCAUGGUCGCAUGCACCAGACCUCAUCCAAGAUCCUGCGCAUGACCGACGACGACCGGCCUUUCACCAAAGACUUCAAGGAUCUAUUUUCUACAUUGAUCACUAGUCUACCUCUGACCCCUCAUAGAGUCCGUUUCUCCCGGGUAGAAGACACAUUUCUGUCCGAAGAGGCCAUUACGAACCUAGGGUCUCUCAAAUUUUCUCAAUCCAAUCGCAUACCGGACCCCAAGAACCCUUCGAGAUGGGUUGUCACCACCACUACUACCACCUUCUCUAUGGCCAAGGAAAUGGCCCGCUCAGUAUGUCAGCGCUUUGUGGACGCCCGAUUAAUAGAGUCCUCCGAGUCGAAAAGCCAGACUACCUUCGUCGCUAAGGGAGCCGUGUGGCAAUUGACCGCCAAGGGUACCGCCAUCCUCCAGAGGUUCUGCGUACGCAACGGUAUCGUUGCUCGACACAUCGAGCAUCUGAUUAAGAAGCCUCAGAUGCAGAUUGUAGCCCUGGAGCGGGACACCGAGACGGAUAAGUUGAAUCAGGAGAAGGGAACCGUUGAAAUCAUCUUCCGCCGCUUUAUCGGUCAAGAAGGCCCUAAUCUCAAGAGUACCACCUCUCUAGCUGAUUCGGACUCGAUCGCGGAAUAUUCGUCUGGCCUUGUUGGUGUGAAAAUGGCACGGGAGCGAAGGAUCUUGGACAAAACAGUCAACAACUCUUUCACUGGCAAAGCGGCUUCGGACUGGCUCCUGGACUGCUGCACCACCAUCGAUCGCCGUGAGACGUACGAAAUCGCCGAAUCUUUUGUCAGAUACCAGCUCAUUGCCCCGGUCAUCGAAGACCGCAACUACACCCGGCUUAAUCCCAUGGCCACUUAUUUCCAGCCAACCAAAUACGCCGUCUAUACCGUGACAGAGAAAGGGCAAAGAAUAUGCGGAUGGCUCGGAAGCAGGUCCAGCAUAGAAAGCGAAGAUAGUCGGGACCGUGACCAGAAGGAGAAGAAGGGUAUGCCCAAAGACUCUAACAUGAGUCGACUACAAGUCAUAUUGCAAGAUGCAGGUCUACGACUGUUGUUCAAGGAGUUCCUUCGACAAUCACUUUGCGAGGAGAACUUCCUCUUCUACAUCGAAGUUGACGAGUUCACUGCUAAUUAUCGCCACUUGGAAAAGAAUGGUCGGCUGGAGAAGCCCGAAGCCGUCCGCGAAACGCUCGCAGCUGCCUAUGGUCUCUACAAUUCCUAUCUCGCCUCUGGCGCACCGUCAGAAUUAAACAUCGAUCACGCACUGCGCAAUCGUCUUGACAGCCGGAUGAUCCGGACCGACGCCGACGAGGACUCAAUGCGUACCAGCCUCGACGAAGUUGUUGAGCUGUUCGAUCAGGCCAAGUCCUCCGUAUUCAAAUUGAUGGCUAGCGAUUCCGUCCCCAAAUUCAUCCGUAAUCCUAGCUACUCGGCUGUCCUCCGAGACCAUGAUUUCGAGCUCUCUGCUAGCAGCAGAGCCUUUUCGCCUGGUCCUGACCGAGGCACGCUCAGCCGAUCCAACACGUCUCGCCAGCACUAG